AUGGCUCCUGAGCUGCCCCUCUCCAGGACUAAGUUGUCCUAUCCGCUAAAUGCGGCCGACUUCGACCCUUCCAAUCAGGACUUCCUUCUCGUCGGUGGUGGAGGAGGGUCUUCUUCAACUGGGGUUCCUAACAAGAUCUCCCUAAUCGACUCGUCCCCUCGAGAGCAGCUGAGAGAAAUUGCCGAUAUUGAGCUGGCUAAGGAUGAAGACUCGGUCACCACCCUUGCCAUUGCAGAGUCCUCCACCUCGUCUCUGACUGCAUUUGCGGGCAUCAACAGCUCCGCCGCGGACCAAGCUGCGGGAAAGAAUGAGCAUUUAAGAUCAAUCCGCAUAGGGUUGCCUACAAGGAAGAGAAAGGCAGAUGGAAGCACUGUUGAAGCUGAAGACAAGACGCCUGCAGCCGGGAGUACUACCCAAGCCCUAGGGCGCACUGCAGUCUUCACAUCUGCCAAAGGGCCCAAGAAUGAUAUGUAUCAGAGAGUCCUGCGGUUUUCUCCUUUCCGAAAAGAGUCUCCAGCAACUCGACUCGCAGCCAUUGCCUCCGGUUUGGCUCCAGAGAACGAGAUUGUCGUGUUUCUCCCAAGACCUAGUCCUGGCCCCAAGGAUGAAGUUUCACGCAUCAGGCUGGGCAAUCGUGAGGCUGCAGAUAUCGAUUUGACAACGAGUAACACUUCGCCCCAGGACCACGUACUUGCCUAUUGUACAGAUGACGAAGUAUUUGUACAGCAAUUGUCUGGUGGGGCUUCGGCCAAAGCUGCUCCGCGCUCUCUUUACCAAACGUUGGAAUCUACCACAAGUCUGCCCACCCCCAAGAGACCUAGAUUUAGAGCCUUGCGCUUUCUGACGCCACGCCAUCUCCUCUUGGUCCAAAAUUUGCCAAACAGAACAGGGGUGUUCCUGUUGGUGCUCAAACUCAAUAAGGAUUACUCGCAAGCGCAGGUUACCAUUCGCAAAAAGCUGGGCAAAGCCAUCAAAGCAGCCGUGGGGCUGGAUGUGUGUCCACUGACAGAGUCUGAGCAAGGCGAGAAACAGCUUGUUAUAGCUGUGGCCGGUCAGAACAGCUUCAUCGAGCUCCUGACAAUCGACUACUCCCCAGAUUCUGGUUUACGGAGCUUCCGCCCGUACACAGUCCUCGAAGAAGUUCACAAUGGCCCUCUGACAAAACUCGUCUUCUCAAACUUUAUUGGCCCAUCGCUUCCCGUGGCCAAAGACACUGGUCCUCAAUCUAUCCGUCUCGCUUCUGUUGGAGUGGAUCAAUUUGUUACUGUCCACUAUCUUCCCCUUCGCCCUUUCCCAGCAGGACAGAACAAAACCCCACGAUAUGUGCUUGUACCAACUAGCAGAUCAGAGUCCAUACAGACUGCAUUCAGUGUCAUCGUUGCGCUUGUGGUUGUUGCUAUGGUGGCAUUCCUCAUGCAGGCGUUCUCGGAAAUCCGCGGUGCUGUUCCACCAAUACUUGGUGCGACGGAUUGGCUAUCCCCUCGAGUUCAGAGCUUAAUUGCCCGGCCAUAUAUAUUUGCGGAUGGAAUUCCGCAUGCUCAAACGCACGUAUCACUUCAGGCCAAGAGUGCGACUCAAAAGCUUAAGGACAUAAAGACACAAAUUCCUGGCGUUGAUGAUAUCAAAGAAAGCCUUGAAGAUGUCACUUUGGACCUGAGCCAGAAGUUGGCGGAUUUAGUGGAAUCCAACUCGGAACUUGAGACUCCCAAAGCGAUUAUUGUUCGAGAUGCGGGUGUCGGGGAGAUCUCGACUGAACUGCGCCAUGACGCAGAUCUGAUCAAAGAAGAAGCACUCAAGAAGUGGGAGGAGCUAAGUGAAUCGCAGAAGAAAGGCUGGAAGAGAAAGCUUAAAGAUGCAGGCCAUUGGGCAGAGAACCAAGGCGAGAGUAUUCUCAAGGGUAUUUUGUUUUCUGAAUUGGCUGGUGCUGUGGGGGAAUUUGUGAGAGGCGGCUAG